AUGGUGGACUGUGAAAUCUGUAAUCGGACGUUCAUCAAUUGGCAUGCUGCGGUACAGCACAUGAACGCCGUUGGGCAUUGGGAAUGUGAGAUGUGCGAUGCGGAGUUCUAUUCACGAGAAGCAGCGUUUGAUCACAUGGAUGAUUACAACCAUUAUCGCCCGGCGUUCGCCUGCGAAGGCUGCAAUGCUGCGUUUGACACGCCCGGGGAAGCGAAGCGACACAUGCAUCUGAAGGGCCAUUGGAGGACACAUUGGUGCGGAGAGUGCCAAAGGGGCUUUGAGAGUGAGCCGAAUUUGAAAGCUCAUCUGAACAGCAAUGUGCACAGGGGAAAUGGCAUUGCCUGUCCCUUUUGCAAACGCGGAUUUACGACCGCUACGGGCGUGACGCACCACCUCGAAACCGGAUCAUGCUCAAAGGCUCGCUCUUUAAAUCGCGACACGAUCCUCACCGAAGUACGCCGCCGCGAUCCAAACCACCUAAUCACCAAGAAACUCUUAACUUACCCUGGCUCAUCGUCCACCAUCACCGCGACAUCCGCGUCAUGGAAUUCCGAUAUUGGUCUCUACGAGUGUUAUCUGUGCCACAAGGGCUUCAGGGAGCUUAAGAGCCUGAAUAAUCAUGUUAACUCGCCUGCCCAUAAGGAAAGGGUCUACCACUGUCCGGGGAGAGCGUGUGGCAGGGAGUUUCGCGCGUUGGCUCCGUUGUUCAAUCACCUUGAGAGCGAGACGUGUGGAGCUGUCCGGUUCGACGCUGUGCAGAGGAAUGUCGGAGGAUUCUUGAGUGGGCAGAGAUUGAUUGGAUUUUUCUGA